AAGGCUUCUGCCUCUACCUUAUUUGCAUUCAAAACCUUGGAAGAUUGAAGCAGGAGGGCAUUCAGUAAAGGAUUCAUUUGCCAGCAUCGUAUGGUUUGGAAAAGAGUGCCAGGGUGGCUUAAUCCACUUCUCUGCUUUGAUCAAAGGUAGAAGAAACUUGUCAGGAUUAUUUGAGACACUUGGUGUAGCCAUGGCUUGCCAUGCGUUAAGCCUUUUUCACAUCCCCUCUAUCCUGAUCUUGGGGGUACUGUACAUGGCCUACGUGUUAAUCGGAGGAGUGAUAUUCUGGAAGCUUGAAGGAGGUCUGGUCAGGCAGGACAUAGCUCGUUUACUGGAGAAGAAGAAUCAGUUAUUGAACACAUACUCCUGUCUGAACCAAGAGGGCCUGGAUGCUCUGGCUCAGGUGAUUCAAGAUUCUUCGAAGGUUGGGCUUAGUCUCAAAGGGAACCAGACCAUGGACAGCUUCUGGAAGUUCACUAGCUCUGCCGUGUUUGCUGCUACUGUGGUCACCACUAUAGGCUAUGGCAAUAUGAGUCCUAGUACAAUGGCUGGUCAGAUCUUUUGUGUGUUCUUCGCACUGUUUGGGAUCCCACUGAACAUGGUGGUGCUGAACAGAGUCGGCAAGUACAUGUUGGCCAUAGAGAGGAAUGCCUGUGACUUCAUCCAGAAAAAAACGAAUCACCGGAAGUUAACCCGGUUUAUGGUCCACCUGUUGUCCUACGUCUCUGGGGUGGCCCUCUUUUUUGUGAUGCCCAUGAUGGUGUUUAAACAGCAUGAGGGCUGGACGUACUCACAGGCUAUCUACUACUGCUUUAUUUCACUCAGCACAAUUGGCUUUGGAGACUAUGUUGCAGACAGUAACCCUGAACAGUCCUAUCCAGAUUGGUAUAGUGUCCUCAUGGCGUCAUGGAUCUUCUUUGGCCUGGCUUGGCUGGCCCUGGUCAUCAAUCACACCAUUGACAUCUUAGAGCGGGUCAACAUCUACCUCAAACACUGGUGGAGCCCUAAGGAACCUGACACUGAAUCAGGGGAGGAGAUCAAGGAUCCCCCAGUUGAUGUGUAAAACACGUGAAAACGGGAGGAAAAAUUGUUGGUGAUAUCACAUGUUUUCCAUAGUUCUUAGGUCAGUUUUACAUUUUGCUCACUAAUGUUUAAUGUUAGGACUGAGGAAACAGAUUCUAGAUUUGCAUCUAGGGAAAACAUCACUCUUGUAACUCACAUAGCACUCUAAGACAGUGGAUCAAACCUGCGAUUGAGCAUGCAGCAAGUGACAGAUUGUGAUAUUCAUGUAAUAAGAAGUAAUGCUUACAAAUGUACAGUGGGUUAGCAGUUGUUCUGGUAGUUACACAUGUAAAUGUAAUGUAAAAAUACAGACAUUUGCUUUUAUUUGAGUAUCUUGAUUACUACACUCUGUUUACUGAAAUAAUUCAUUUAAAUUGCAAUCCACAAAUGAUCCAUACUACUUGUACACCUUAAAACAAAAUACAAAAGUAGCAUCCCUGAAGACCACUAAUAUAACUAAUAUAUUACCAGCAUAGGUAAAGAUGAUCAGUUUGGGGGAUUCUUUACUAGUUUAUCACAGUACAAUUAGUAAAUGUCAUAACUGGAUUCUGUAUACCAUAGACUAUACUAGAUGCUGGUUAUUUUCCCUGGUGGUGUUCUGCCAGGCCUGUACUGCAGCCAUCUUCAGGUUUUGUUUUGGCAGGCAGGUUUUGCUUACUGUCUAGGCAUCUGCAAUUGAAAUCCAUGGUCAGCUGGAUUCAGAUCAGGUAACUGACCCUGAAUAACAAAUGUAUUGUCAUUGUUCUACUGAAUGGUGGAGUGCUGUCCAAUGAAUUAGAUCUGAAGUGACAAUUGGUUUCUUUAAUACUUCAGAAUUCAUCUUACCACAUUUGUCAUCAGUUACAUCAUCAACAAAGAAAACACCCCCUCCAUUUUAUUUAACAGAUGAAUUCAGGGACUUUUUUCUUAUUUAUCCACACUUUCCUCUUCCCAUCACUCUGGGAAUUAAAUCUGACAGUCUUUACUUUGACACAGAAAAAAGUGAUCAACUCAAAGGUUUUUAGUAAAAAUAUUGUCUUUGGGUGCCCAGCUGAAAACGUUAUAUACUGAAUAAAAGAAAAACCUGCAUUAACAAAGGUUCUUUUUACAUAUCCAUCAAUUGAGGAACAGAAGCCAAAACGGAUGGACGCAAAUGGACGAAAGCCUUUGUCAAUGUUUUGAACACAAUGUGAAUAUUAAAAUGUAAAAAGAACAUGUUUGUGAGUGCAGGUUUUUCCUUUAUUCAGUCUGUACUUGUGAGGUUUGGAAUGUGCUCUGUUUCCCUUCAUUGCCUUGAAUGUAGCCUAUUUAUGAGGUCUGGAAUGUGCUCUGUUUCCCUUCAUUGUCUUGAACGUUGCCUAUCCAUUCCCCAUUAUUGUUUGCACCUGUGUCUCGUUCAAUCCCUAUAUGAGUGCUGUCUUCAUGAGGUAUUGUUUGUGUUUGCAACGCUACUGAGCCUUCUAUUCCUGAGCAUGCCAUAGUUUGAGCUAAGUAUCUGAAAACAGCCUGUUUUGGUAUCCUGACCUUGGCCUGCCUGUUGACCGCCUCUCUGGAUUACCCCACUUGUACCCCCCUACCUACGUGCUUUGCCUAUUACUGACCCAUCGCCUGCCCCUUUGACUUUGCUACAGACUGUUCCUUUUGCACUGCCGUGUUCUCCCCUAAUAAAGGGCUCCUGUGCUCUGCGCUUGGAUCCCUCCAUCCAUCUGGUCUGUGUGCAAUUAUUACAGAAUACCUCACCUGACACUGAUGGAUCCAGCGGAGUUGCGUCUGCGCCUGACCCAGCAGGAUGAUCAGAUCGACUAACUCUGCCGCCUUCUUCUGUUGGGUCCGCCGUGGGUGCCACCGUGUCUGCCCAUUACUCCCCUGUGUCCAUGCCUACGAAAUACGAUUGCUCACCUGGGAAGUGUCAGGGUUUCUUGACAAGGACGAGUGGAUUUAUUGCUAUCCCUUCUGACCGGAAAAGCCCUGGAAUGGGCCACCGCCCUAUGGACCGCUCAAAGCCCAGACCCGUCGGGAGGACCACUUCCCCUCCUCCGCCACCUGGGUAGGUGCUUCCUCGUUCUUGAACGUUACCCAGAAGUUUAACGUCCCUGCUCGCCUCGCCUCGGUCUGAUCAGCAUGUGGAGGCUCUAGUGGAGUCAGGGGCAGCUGGGAACUUCAUUGACGAACAUUUGGUGACAUUACUGGGUAUACAGCUGAUACCUGUCUCACCCCCUUUAAGGAUCAAUGCCCUGGAUGGUCAGCCUCUGGGCACUGGACUAGUGACUCACCGGACUGACAACGUCACCGUUCAGAUCGGGAUCCUACACUCUUUGGUUAUGCAGCUCUUGGUGCUCCCUUCUCCCUGAGAACCCCUCAUCCUUGGCUAUCUCUGGCUGCGCCUACAUGACCUUGCCAUCUCCUGGCGCCACUGGGAAUUGUUGUCCUGGUCUCCUGCCUGUUUCGAGCACUGCGUUCCCGUUCCCUGUCGAGCCACCUCCAUAGAGACCUCUGAUGCACCUGUUCACACCCACAUCCCAUCCGUGUACAACCAGUUCAUGAGUGUGUUUUCCAAGGAGAAGGCGUACAGCUUGCCUCCUCAUCGGCCAGAGGACUGCGCUAUAGACCUCCUUCCGGGGAUGUCCCCACCUAAAGGGAGGAUCUACCCACUGUCCAUCCUGGAGAGUGAGGCAAUGGACCGAUAUGUUGAUGAGAUGCUUGAAAUUGGAGCCAUCCGCACAUCCACAUCACCAGCGGCGGCCAGCUUCUUGUUUGUGGGGAAGAAGAAAGGGCACUCAAUGACAUCACCGUAAAUAACAGCUUUCCCCUUCCUCUCAUCCCGUCUGCUUAAGAACUGCUGGGCCAAGCCUCCAUCUACACGAAGUUGGACCUGCGCAGCGCCUAUAACCUGGUCUGCAUCCGGAGUGGGGAUGAGUGGAAAACUGUGUUUAUCACUGGCCGGGGCCACUAUGAGUACCUUUUGAUGCCAUACGGCCUUACCAACGCACCAGCCGUUUUCCAGUCCUUCAUGAAUGGGAUCUCCGAGACAUGAACGGUCAGUUACUCGUUGUAUUCAUAGACGACAUCUUUAUCUACUCCCAUUCCCUGAUGGAACAUGUUAUCCAUGUCGGCCAGGUCUUGUAAUGGCAAAGGACAACCAUUUGUAUGUCAAGGCGGAGAAAAGCGCCUUCCAUGUAACCACCAUCAGCUUCCUGGGCUUUGUGCUGAGUCCGGGGGGUGUCGGCAUAGAUAAGGAAAAGACCGCUGCAGUGCAUGACUGGCCUACCCUAGAUAUGGUGAAGGACCUGCAACGUUUCCUUGAUUUUUCUAAGUUCUAUCGCCGCUUCAUCUGCAACUUUUGCAGUGUGGCCGCCCCUCUCACUGCGCUCACCAGUCCCGGGAAGGGGCGCCUCCUCCAUUGGCCCGACACGGCCAACACUGCAUUCAACACCCUGAAGCACCUGUUCACCUCAGCCCCCAUCCUACGGCAACCAGAUCCUACCCUUCACUUCAUCCUGGAGGUGGAUGCCUCGGAGGUGGGGGUAGGGGCAGUCCUCUUGCAGUGUGUGGGCACACCCCCCAAGGUACAUCCGUGUGCUUUCUUUUCCAGGAAGCUGUCGCCCGCUAAGAGGAUCUAUGACGUUGGUAACCGGGAACUCCUCGCAAACUGGCCUUUGAGGAGUGGCGGCAUUGGCUGGAGGGUGCUCGCCAUCCCUCCUUGGUCCUAACUGACCACCGCAAUCUCAAGUACCUGCGAAACGCCAAGUGACUUAACCCCCGACAGGCUCGUUGUGUGCUCUUCUUUAAGCAUUUCCACUUCACCGUCACCUACAUACCUGGUAAGAAGCAUGUGAAAGCUGACUCAUUAUCCCAUCUGUUUGACCCUCCUUCUUCUGUCCCAGAACCCGAGACCAUCCUGUCACCAGCUUGUCGUGGAACCUAUAACAUGGGAGGUUCAGUCAGCUAUUCUAGAGGGGCUCCGCACCGAUCCCGCACCUCCGGAUACCCCGGCAGCCGUCAGACCCAACUGAUGCAGUGGUGCCCCACCUCUAUGGGCUCUGGUCACCCUGGGAUUUCCUGGACCACCACCUUGAUCAAGCGACAGUUCUGGUGGGCCUCAUUGGCAACUGAUGUUCAGGAUUACUUUCUUUCCUGCCCUGUCUGUGCCUGGUCUAUGUCUCUGCACCACCUGCCCUCCGGUAAGCUGGAACUGCUGCCUGUGCCACACCGCCCUUGGUCCCAUAUUGCUAUGGACUUUAUUACCGAUCUGCCGGAGUCAUCUGGGUUAUCCACUAUUCUAGUUAUCGUAGACAGGUUUUCCAAAAUGUGCUCUCUCGUUUCAUACCCUCAUCUGCCCAUGACUAUGGAAUUGGCCCGUGUGUGUUCCAGCAGGUCUUCCGACCCUACGGGAUCCCAGAGGACAUCGUAUCAGAUCGAGGCCCCCAGUUCAUCUCCAGGGUUUGGCAUGCGUUCUGUGAUUGUCUGGGGGUCUCCAAUAGCCUGUCCUCCAGGUAUCACCCCCAAACUAACGGUCAGACAGAGCGCCUAAACCAGGAAAUCGGGAAGUACCUCCGCCAGCACUGCACCCGCCAGCCGCUCUAUCCUGCUCCUCGCCCCCGGGGGCGGCCGCCCAAAUCACCGGCUGCCCUGCCUGCCGGGCCGGGCUCCUUCGUUGCCUUGAAUGUAGCCUAUUUAUGAGGUCUGGAAUGUGCCCUGUUUCCCUUCAUUGUCUUGAACGUAGCCUAUCCAUACCCCAUUAUCGUUUGCACCUGUGUCUCUUUCAACCCCUAUAUGAGUGCUGUGUUUGCUGCCAAUCUUCGUGAGGUAUUGUUUGUGUUGGCAAAUCUACUGGGCAUUCUCUUCCUGAACAUUCCAUAGUUUGCUCUAAGUAUCUGAAAACAAGCUGUUUUGGUAUCCUGACCUUCGCCUGCCUGUUGACCACCUCUCUGGAUUACCCCACUUGUACUUCUGCCUCCUACAUACAUGCUUUGCCUGUAACCGACCCAUUGCCUGCCCCUUUGACUUCGCUACAGCCUGUUCUUUUUGCACUGCCGUGUUCUCCCCUAAUAAAGGGCUCCUGCGCUCUGCGCUUGGAUCCAUCCAUCCGUCUGGUCUGUGUGCAAUCAUCAGUACUUCAACCCUAUCAUCCUUGUAUCAUUUCAAAUUAAUUCAUACCCAUACUGUCAAGAUGAAGGCAAACUAUCUCUAUUUAUUUAAACAAAGGCACUUCGUGGAGUGAGAACAAUACUAAGGGUUCGGUAAUAAAACUGGAACACAGGUACACGCUCCACAAGCGGAUAAACAAAAACAAGAAUAACUAGAAAUCCAAAAUCAAAGGGGCAAAACUAGGCACAGGUAAUAUAGGCACAAAGCUACAACAGUGGUACAGAAUCGGCCUACUACAAGCUUAAACACUGAGCCACAAAACACAAGGGUAUAAAACACAUCACUGAAAUAAAUUAAAUCAAAAGUGAACCAAACCAGUCUGAUCUAAGGCCUCCUCGGCCACUCUCUGCUUGUUGCCACUCGUCCUACAGGCACAGUCCAGUUUAUCUCCAAUAAACUUUCAGUUGAACUGUUACUGAACAGUUGGUAAAUCAUGCCAAUUUACUACACAACGUCAGCAUAAUAAUAAACCAGCAUUCUUACCUUGUGCUGCAGACAUAACACUGCAGCACAAUGUGUUUGUGCACUCCGGGUUGAUACUGAUUAAAGUUUUCAUCAUCACAUGAAUAUCCGACGGGUUUCUGAGGGUUGAGAAAUCUCUCUCUGAAGAAGAAACAGAGAUGCUACUUCUCCAAAUAGAGUUCUGGUUUGAGGGGGCAGGUUAGAUAGAUGUGAGGCAACUUCUUGUACUGUCCCCUUUACACACAUCUCCCAACAUUUGGAGCUGAAGGUGCAGUUGGCCUGUGUUUAGCUCUUUAGGAAGCUGAAGAGAUUGUGCGUCAAGUUCCGAUAAUAGCUGUUUACUGCAUCAAUUACAUCAUUCUCCCUGAAUGCCGCUGUUUUCAUCCAGGUCUGGUUGAAUCUUCUGGUGAGUUCAGACUGGACCAAAUCCAGAGCUUCUUAAAACUCUCCAUUUGACUUCACCUGCUGCCUGUGACAAUGUUUCAGGGCCGACAGCUUGGCGAUAACGGGUAGGUGUUCUGCUUACCCUGGGCUCAGCAUCAGGCAUCUUCAGACCAUUCUGAGUAGCACACACUUUCACCUUGUCUAUCAUUUCAGCCAUCACAUUGUCAUCUAUCAGAGUCCCUACUCUUACCUUGAGCAGGUUCACACAUGUAAGAGAGCACUUAAGAGCACCAAGAGCACUUGCCCUUGCAUCCCCUCUUACACUUCUGUAGUCUUACAAGCUUUCCAGUGUCACCAGUACAACAGCGUACGUUGAGCAACAGCUCUGAAUUGCUUUGGUGCGCACACACCAUCUUGUUGGGCAUAGUCCUAAAAUGUUGACAAUGAUGUAAUCACAGCUGAAAAAGUGUUUCAAAGAGCUGUUUGCAUUUUGCAGAAUCUUUGAUAACACCUGCAACACCCUGCAUGAAAUGUAACCCCUCUGCUACUAGGCUCACCUCAAGUGCAUCUUCUUGCAACACAGUCCAGGGAGUGGUUGCUGCAAUGAACAUACUUUGUUGCAUAAUUGCUUCAGUCGGGCCUGAACAUCAGACAAGCGGCCCAAUGUUAUUUGCCCCAUCAAAACAAUAUAUCCUUGAAGACGAUCCAAAGAGAUGUUCAAUCUCACAAAGACGUCUUUCAAACACUUAAACAGUAUAUCUGCAGUUGUGUCAGGGCUCAAGUAAAAUCCUAAGAACUUGCAGUGAGACUGAAGAUUGCUCUCAACAAACUGAAGACUGCAUGAGAAUUGUUCCCGUAGCGUUGAUAUCCAUGGUGCUGUCUGCUGUCAGUCCAUAGAACGGGCAGUCUGAUGCACAAGUUACUAUGUCCUUUUGAACAGCCUGAGCAAACUGAUCAAUUAUCUCAUUCUGUAUUGUGUCAGACAUCCAAUUAUCCCUCUUCGUUAUCCACUUUCUUUCUUAGGGCAAAUUAAAAGUCUGUUCCAGUAUCAGGUCAUAGGGCACACCUUCACGAGUUGUGUCACCCCUAUAAGGGAUUCCUUUUCGUCCCAGGAAUGCUAAGGUACGAAACAAUAACUCCAAGACAUUCCUUGAGGUUUGCUGGUCUUUGGCUGCGAUAUCGGAGAGCAGAAUGCUUAUUGGCAUUUUUUCUAAGAGUGCUGUAGAUGUAUUGAUUGUAUAAGUUAGUGAACUGUUGUAAGCUGUUGUAACUAA